AUGGCAACCCCCGAUCCGGACCCGACUUCAGGGCCAAGUGGAACACGCCCUCGCCCGCUUCCAGCUGACACUGUUGCACUCCGGUACUUGCCUACAAAGCGCGAACGCUUUGACACAGAGCCUGGAGCCGACCCCUGUGGAUCAUAUACUGUCACAGACAGUGCCACUUCAGAGCGACAAAUUGAAACUUCAGUCACAGGGAAGCUCUCACCUGAAGAAGAGAAUAUUGAAGGUGGAGAUCGACUUUCUCACGAGUGGUACUGGCGUGGAACGCAGUAUAUCGCCAACCGACUUUCUCCGGACCACCUAGAGAGUGUUACACGAGUCAUCUUGGUGACUCGAAAGAUCGAAGCGGGAAAUUUCCCCCCUAUCUGGGUUGUCAAUAAUCGCACCCCUCACGAACGAGAGCAGAUCUGUAAAGACUUAAUCCAAGCGUUGACCUUCGAGUUUGAGAUAAAAGUAUAUGACAACUGCUAUGUCAAAGAGCUCGGACACGGCAUCAAUCGUUUAUCUUUACCUGGAGAGACAUCAGCCGAACAGCUUUUUGAGAGAAGAUCAAAUGGUGGAAAGUUCCUCAACCCCAUCGAGAGCAAAACUUUUUUUAUCGGCCCAGAUAAAGAAGGGAGUUUGACAGUGAUUCACAAAUAUGGUAAGGAUUGGCCCACUGAAGAAACGAUCUCUUUGAAGCAGAAAGAGGCCGAACUCGAAUCGAAAUACAGCAACAGUGACCUGGCAUUGCGUGAAUUAACACUCCAGUCCAUUGGAGAAUAUGUUCAAUUGGUUUCUGGCGCCUCGGGAAAUGGUAAGGCCCCGUCGAAAUGA